AUGGCCGCUCAAGCAACCUUCAAGUCCAUUAAGUCUCUUGUUCCUCUCCUGGACCGUGUUUUGGUUCAGCGUUUCAAACCCGAGACCAAAACAGCCACUGGUAUCUUCCUACCGACCUCUGCGACGAGCAAUCCUCUACCUGAGGCGACCGUCAUCGCUGUCGGCCCCGGUGCACCCAACAAGGACGGCGUCAUCGUGCCCACCACCGUGAAAGCGGGCGACCGCGUCCUGCUCCCCGGCUGGGGUGGCAACUCUAUUAAAGUCGGCGAAGAUGAAUACUUCCUCUUCAAGGACUCUGAAAUCCUCGCCAAAAUCAAGGAGUAA